AUGCGACGCAAACAAGCCUCCGCGUUCGACCAAUUAGCGAUCAGGAUAUCGAUCGCCGAUUUUGACGCGCUUGCAGCCAGUUAUUAUUGCACCAGAUUGGGUUUUGAACCAUUUGCUUACCGUGGUUUAGAAACGGGUUCUAGGCACGUUGCAUCGCAUGUCGUUAAACAAAAUCAGAUUAUUUUUGUAUUCGAAUCAGCUUAUGAACCAAACAAUAAAGAAAUGGCAAACCAUCUUUCUCAACACGGAGAUGGUGUUCGUGACAUUGCUUUUAAAGUCGAAGACAUAGACAUUAUUGUAAAGAUCGCGAAAGAUAGAGGAGCAGUAAUAAUAAAAGAUAUAUGGGAAGAAAGCGAUGAAUAUGGUGUUGUAAAAUUUGCUACCAUAAGGACUUAUGGGGAUACAUACCAUACACUUAUAGACAGAUCAAAGUAUAAGGGAUCUUUUCUACCGGGAUUUCAAAGACUACCGGAAGCUGCGUUUACAAAGAAUUUACCAAAAGUAGGAUUAAAUUUUGUGGAUCACAUUGUUGGUAAUCAACCUGAUAAACAAAUGGAACCUGUUGCGAAAUGGUAUGAGCAAUGUUUGCAAUUUCAUCGGUUCUGGUCGGUAGAUGAUACUCAGUUACACACAGAAUAUUCUGCUCUGCGUUCUAUUGUUAUGACGAAUUGGGAGGAAACCGUGAAAAUACCUAUUAACGAACCCGCUCCUGGCAAGAAACGUUCUCAGAUUCAAGAAUACGUUGAAUACUAUGGAGGAGCAGGAGUGCAACACAUUGCUCUUAAUACAAAUGAUAUAAUUACGGCUAUAACAAAUUUGCAUGCCAGAGGCAUAGAAUUCCUAGAUGUUCCCGACACUUAUUAUGACAUGUUACGAAAUCGUUUAAAAAGCAGUAGUGUAUACAUUUUGGAAGAUCUUAAUAUACUUCAGAAAUUAAAAAUUUUAAUCGAUUAUGAUGAAAAUGGGUAUCUUUUACAAAUAUUUACUAAAAACAUGCAAGAUCGGCCGACUCUUUUCAUAGAAAUCAUUCAAAGACGUAAUCACAACGGAUUUGGAGCUGGAAAUUUCCAAGCACUAUUCGAAGCUAUUGAAAUGGAACAAGCUAAACAUGUUGUAUUUAAUGGCCAAUAA